UUGUCAAUUAAGACUUGACAGGUUAGGUGACAAAUAAUAAAAUACAAUGGUCAUUGGUAUUCUUAUAUAUACCAAACAUACAAUAGAAAUACUGACCAUAACAAACAUACAAUAGAAAAGGACUCUAUUCUACUACACACCGGACUAUGUUAGUACCCAAAGGAUUGCUACUUCUAUUCCUGUCAGUUUCUGAAAUUAAUUGCCAGUUUAGGCCUGGAUUGACAAAUCCGUUUGGAACAUGGGGUGCAGGCCAACGCAACCAAAACCUACAAGGGCAACGAGUAGCGAACAUUAUCAAUUCUCAACCUCUAGGGUUAAACGAACAACAAGGACAACAACUUUUUAAUCAAGUGGCGCAACAAGUAUUACAAACCAUGGGAUCAACGUCACAGCUACAGAACUUUAAUUCUCCAGACGGAUUCAACCAACGAUUUGGUUCCUUUUCUCCAGAUCAGCUAUUGCCACCGAAUCCUAUUGGAUCUGCCGACGGUUCUAUCCCAGGCGUACCAAAUACAGCUUUUCCAAAUAACUUACCCCAAACAAACAAUUUCAAUAACGCUCAACCUGGAUUGGGGCUACAACCAGGCAGAUUUCCAUUCACUGGAGUAAAUGGAAGGUCUCAGGCACCUUUUAGUUCAGGUUUUGUACAAGGUGGACCACAAACACCUUUCAGUCCAGAUACACUACCUGGUGGACAAGAAUCACCAUUUAAUUCACGUUUUGGUGUUGAUCAGUCACGUUUAGGUCCAGGUCCUGGCAUUUUACCGUUCGAUAGAAACCUCUCGCCACCUAGACUAGAAGGUGGACGUGGUGAUUUUCCAUUCAUAUCUGGACCAAUGCGGGAUAACUUUCCGGGUGCCAUACCAGUUGGUUCGUUAAAUGCGCAUGGGCCUAGCGGUGGAUUUGACCCUAUUGAAAGAGAACUGCAAAUAAACACCAGACUAAACGGAAGGUUACAAGAUAUGCAUAUAAAGCAUGAUACAUUACCAAUGAUCGGAGCUGGCAGAAAUCCAUUACAAGACAUUAAAAGGGAAAAUCGAAGAUUACGAAAAUUAAUUCGACAGAAGAAGCGUAAUUUAAACUCUAAUUACGAGGAUAAGAAGAAACAACAAAAAGAGAAAAAGAAAGGCGCUGUAAAAGGUUUGCUGUUAGGUGCAUUAGGCGCCUUUCUAUUAGGAUAAAUGAAUGGGAAAAUAUACAAACCAUUAUGAGAAAGUCAGUAGGGACCAGAUGACAAUUUUGCACAGUGUUGAUGAACUUAAGAAAGACAGCAAACAUCCAGAUGAAACCUAUAUCAAAAGUAAAAUUUGAAUUCGGAUUUUUAUCGUCAUAGGAGGGAUUUAUGGAUUAUUUAAAUUCGUUACUACCAUUCCGCCUGAAAAUUUGACAAACCGAAUUCAAUAUACAUGUAUAACAUAGCAAAAUGAAUUGUUAUGACGAACAUAAAACAACCUGUUAUAACAAAUUCCCAACCAUAUGUCAUGUUUUGGAAUCACAAACAUCUUUCAAUAUUUGUUUUAUUGCUGUAAACAAUGAGAUAUGCGAUAAUCAGUUUAAUGUGUAAGAAACGAUCAUUACAUUUUGUUAAAAUGAAAAAUUGCAAUUCAUUUUGACAAUAAAACUUUGAUAUCGAAUUAUCCACAAUUUGUGAUUAUGGAUAGUCAUUAUAAUAACUUUUGAUUUAAUUCAGAGAACUUGUUACUGUGUUGUAGCAGUCCAAACUUGCCGGUUAACUUACACUUUGUUGCCAAGCCUUUAGUUUUGCACACUGUUGCAUUAAUUUUGAUAGUUUAUCGGGGUUAUUUUGCCAUGACGUUGUCUCGACAUUUGAGUUUAAAUAUGCCUCUUUAUGGAAAUACUGCAUUCAACAGAAAUUACGAAUGGAUUCAUUAAUAAUAUGAUCUUGUCCUGUUGAUGAAAUAUUUGGAAGUCUUUUUUAAAUACGAACUAAGACUUAAAAGUAUAUCAAAUAAUCCACACUCAUCUGUAUCCACAGUUCUUUAGUAUAUCAAAUUAUAAAAGUAGUUGUGCAUUGUAAUAAAUUCACGUAAUGGUGAAUUUCUUCAGUGAAAUUAGUUAGUUUGUAGUUAGCGUUACAUAAUGUUUUUUUCCCCGGAUAUGGCAAUUUUGAUUUUAUAUUAACAUUUUUUUCAGUUUUAAAAUUUGUCAUUAUAAAUUUAUUUUAACAAUAUAUCAUUAGUUUGUAAAAAAAUUUUACUUUUGAGUAUCAACUUCAGUCUGAGAUAUUCAAAUUGAAAAUAUUUUUAAUGUUGUAAUAAUAUAUCAGACUUAUUAUUUUUUCGAAUUUCGUUAUUACUUUUUUUUUUAGAUCCAUGAUAAAUUAAAUCUGCAAUAAUGGAUUAAUAAAUUCGUGUUUUAUUUCAAACUACAAAGUAUGAUACAACAAGAACUUAUGAAGUAUGCUGCUAAUCUAAUACAUUAAAUAAUAUUGAAAAUGAAAAUGGGGAAUGUGUCAAAGAGACAACAACCUGACCGAAGAGCAGACAACAGCUAGCCGAAGAUCACCACGUCUUGUAUUUGUGUUAGGUCAAUAUAUGAAAAAAGCUUAGAAUGCUUUAGCUACGGCUAUUACUUAUCUCAAAGUUUGGCCUAAAUGAUUGGAUAAUAAGACCAUAUAUUGUCAUUGCUGUUUUCAUGUUGGACGUGACUACAUACAACUCAUGCGCAUGUUUUAUGAACGUAUAACACACACUUGAAACAAUAAUCGAAAAGUUAAAUCUCUUGUCAAUAAAUUGAUUAAUCUGAUUUUGAUACAUAGGCUAACUACGCUAGAUCAAAGCCAAUUUAUAGCCAAAUAUCCCGAUAAUGUAGACAAGAUUCUUGUUGAUUGUCGCACAUUUCUUAUGGUACUGUGCAAUACGAUAUUUGAAAUAUCUGACCUUUAUUAAAGAUCGUAUGAUAUAAACGACUAUUCAAUAGAAUGUAUAGUUAUUAAAUCAUAAUUCAGUCCUGAUGAAAUAAAAAAUACUAUUUGAA